AUGAGUCAAGAAGUAGAGGGAAUCGUCCGCUCCCAAAACGAGCUGUACGGCCGCAUUUUGCGCGCGUACGAAAACUUCAAGAAGUCGGGGCCGACGAAGAUCACGUUGGGGCUGGCCGAAGCGCGCCUUCAAGCUCUAGAAGCGAACUGGGCGAAAUUCGAAGCGCAAAAUGACCAAUUGCUCCAACAAUCGCAGGAGGCUCUCGAUAAGCUCGACUACCAGAAGCAAGACUUGCCGGGGGUAGCCGAGGAAGCUUUCCUGCAGCAGAAAGGAGCGUUCUUAGACGCCAUCCGCAUCCUGAAGGCCAAGGAGAAGAGCACCGCCGAGGCCGCCGGAGCGGCCGGCACAGCGGAGUCGACUCCCCGCACUACUCUGCCUCGUAUACAGCUGCCGCAUUUCUCUGGAAAGUACGAAGAUUGGCCUUCAUUCCGCGACUUGUUCCUGUCCAUUAUCGGGAAGGACUCAGAGACGACGAAGGUGGAGAAACUCCAUUAUUUGAAGUCCUGCUUGAAAGGUGAGGCUGACCUUCUUAUUCGCAAUGUGCCAACGACGGGCGAAAAUUACGAGCGCGCGUAG